AUGAGCGCACACCAAAACCCCUUUGCCACGCCGGGCGGCAGCAUCCGCGCCGGCUCAUCGAGCUCGACACCGUGGCAAGGCUCGCCGCGACACUCGGUCGACGGCGGCGGCGGCCCCGGCACCUUUACGCCGUACACGUACAACAGCGUCGUGCACGGCGGCGCCAGCACGCCGCUCCAGGCCCCCAAGCACAGGUUCAAGAGCUCCCGCCUGCGCGGCGACUACGAGAAGCCUUGGCUCGAGGACAAGGACAUGAGGAAGACGCGGUGGAACAACAUCAUCAUUGGCACGCUCAUCCUGCUCGGCUUCGCCGCGGCCGGCGUGGUGGUGUUUUUCAUGUCCAAGCCGUAUGUGCAAAAGGAUUACUGCCUGGUGUAUGAAGACAACUUUCAGACGCUCGACAAGAGCGUGUGGACGCACGAGGUGCAGCUCGACGGCUUCGGCAACCACGCCUUUGACUGGACGACGACGGACGAGCGCAACUCGUACGUCGACGGCGCGGGCCUGCACAUUGUGCCGACGCUGACGACGGACACGACGGACAUUACGACGGACCAAAUGUACGCCAACUACACGCUCAACCUCGACACGGACAAGUCGUGCACCGGCGCCUUCAACUCGUCGGCCUGCGUGCUGCGCUCCAACCCGGAAAAGGGCGCCUUUAUCCCGCCCGUGCGCUCCGCGCGGCUCACCACAAAGGGCACCAAGAGCAUCCGCUACGGCAUGGUCGAGGUCGUCGCGCGCCUGCCCAAGGGCGACUGGCUCUGGCCCGCCAUCUGGAUGAUGCCCGAGAGCGACGCCUACGGCGCGUGGCCGCGCUCCGGCGAGAUUGACAUCAUGGAGUCGCGCGGCAACGGGCCCGACUACGCCGAGGGCGGCCGCAACUGGUACUACGGCACGCUGCACUGGGGGCCGACGCCCAAGACCGACACGUACUGGAAGACGACGCUGGCGAAAAAGAUUCGCCGCGGCGCCUACUCGGACGGCCUGCACACGUUUGGCAUCCAGUGGACGCCCAACUACCUCUACUUUUACAUUGACUCCAAGAUCCACCAGAUUCUCUUUAUUGGCUUCAAGAAGAGCGAGGAUCUCUGGGACAAGGGCGGCUUCGCGCAGCAAAAGUCGGAAAACGACACCCUGCUCGACAACCCGUGGGCCGGGUCCAACUCGACCACGGGCAACGCGCCGUUUGACCAGCCGUUUUACCUCAUCCUCAACGUCGCGGUGGGCGGCACCAACGGCUUCUUCCUCGAUAAUGUCGGCCAGAAGCCCUGGGUCAAUGGCGCGACGAAUGCCCGCUGGUCGUUUUGGGACGCCCGUGAUCAGUGGCUCCCGACGUGGGGGCAGGGCGAUGAGCGCGGCAUGACGGUCCGGUCGGUCAAGAUGUGGCAGCUGGGCGCGUGUGGCUCGAAGCAGGAGUUGUGA